AUGAAAAGAGUGGACGGCAGUUUUGUUAAUAAUAUUAGCUAUGCCGACGAUAUGGUGCUGCUGAGAGUGCUGAGCCCCUCAAUAAACGCAUUAAAAGUCUUGCUGGGUAUAUGUGAGAGAUACUCUGUGGCCCACGGGCUCAAAUAUAAUGUCAAGAAGAGUGAGAUCUUAGUCUUUAAGUCUGGUACUAAAACGUAUUCUAUACCACCUAUUAACCUAGACGGUUCUCCUCUUCAGACAGUUACAAAAUUUAAAUAUUUGGGCCAUUGGGUCACAGACACUCUAAAAGAUAAUGAGGACCUGGAGAGGGAACGCAGAGCACUAUCGGUUAGGGGUAACAUGUUGUCACGCAGGUUUGCUCGCUGUUCCCGUGAGGUAAAAAUUACAUUAUUUAAAACCUACUGCCAAAACCUGUACACGUGCAACCUGUGGAGCAACUACACCCAAAAAACCUUUAGUGCUCUGCGUGUCCAGUACAACAACGCUUUCAGGGGUUUAUUGGGGCUGCCCUGGCGCUGCAGCGCGUCAGCAAUGUUCGCUGAGUGGAGCACAGACGGUUUCCACGCAGUGCUGCGUAAGAGGGUGGCGUCCCUGUGGGACCGCGUGCGGGGCAGCACCAACACUCUCCUGAGGGUGAUUGCGGAAAGGGUGGAUAGCCCUCAUAUAACUCACUGGAUGACAAUGCAUGUUAGAUCCAAUGAGCAUUAUGUGUUCCACUAA